UCAGAUGGAGGAGGAGUCCUGUUCAUCAAAGCUGACGUACUUUUAAUAAAUAUGGUGAAAAUCAUAAAUACGCCUUCUGAUUAGUCAGUGAAGCUUUUUGAUGAUUUCCUCUCUUCUGUCUAAUAAGGUAAAAGUGUUUGUGAUUGGCUUGUUGUUUGGUGGUUGUGCAGCUUUUUGUCUCUGUCUCUCUUGAACCUUUUAGUUCAAAGUUGAUCAAACAAAGUGUAUGAUCAGUAAAGAUGGAGAACUGUCUAACUCUCAUUUUUUUGUCUUCUGUGAUCAAACUUGCCACAGCUGGAAAUGUGAGGCUGGUGGGUGGUAAUAAUUCUUGUGCUGGUAGGGUGGAGGUUUAUUACAGUGGAGAAUGGGGAACCGUGUGCGAUGAUUAUUGGGAUUUGACAAACACUGCAGUGGUGUGUAGAGAGCUGGGCUGUGACGAAACUUCAAACACAAUGCGUGCUGCUCACUUUGGACCAGGAUCAGGAAAAAUCUGGAUGGAUGAUGUGAGAUGUAAUGGAUCUGAGUCCUCAAUACUUGAUUGUUCAAAAAGAGAAAUGGAUGACCAUAACUGUAAACAUAGUGAAGAUGUUGGCGUUGUCUGUUCAGGCAUCAGGCUUGUUGGAGGUUCUCGCUGCUCUGGGAGGUUAGAGGUGCCUCAUGAGAACACAUGGCACAAAGUGUGUGCCACUACCUUUGACCAGCAGGAUGCAGAGGUUGUGUGUAGAGAGCUGAACUGUGGGGCUCCUGAACAGGUGCUGGGAGCAGCUGCUUUUGACAAAGGAGACACUCAGAUGUGGACACAAGAGAUUCAGUGCAGAGGAGAUGAGUAUCAGUUUGCUCUUUGUCCAGCAUCACCUUCACAAUUGUGUUCCCAUGAGAACAAUGUGAGUGUUGUAUGUGCUGAAACAGUGAGAUUAGUAGGUGGUAACAGUCGCUGUGCUGGUAGAGUGGAGGUUCUUCAUGAUGGUGAGUGGGGAACAGUGCAUGAUGGUGGCUGGGAUUUGCCUGAUGCUGCAGUGGUGUGUAGAGAGCUUGGCUGUGGAGAGGCUUUAACUGCACCAAAGAGUGCUCACUUUGGUGAAGGAUCAGGAAAAGUCUGGAUUUCUGAUUUACAGUGUACUGGAUCAGAGUUGACACUGACAAACUGUAGAUUCAGUGGAUGGGGAAUAGAAGCUAAUCAUACUAAAGAUGCUGGAGUCAUCUGCUCUGAUUUGUCAGUGUCCACUACUCCUGCCACAACAACAUCAGCUUCUCCUCCACCAGCGUCUCCCCCAGUGCUUGUGAUUGUUCUGGGAGUUGUGCUCUUACUGCUAUUAGUGCCACUGCUUAUACUGAUUCAGCAGAACAGAGUGAUGAGGAGAGCUCUCUCUGACUGGUACACAGGACGACACAGGACACAGACUGAUGCUGUUUACCAUGAGAUUUAUCACAGACAGCAUCACUUCACUCAGAGGGAGGAAGAUCAGGAGGAGUAUGAUGAUGUGAAGAACAGAAAUGAAGAUGAGAGAAACCUAGACUAUGAUGAUGUGGGGGAGGAGUCAAACAAAGAAGGAAGGGCCAUAUGACCCAAUGACCACACCCACUAUUUCUGUUCAUGAAAUCAUAUUACAGUUACCGGAGCUACUGGGACUUUCUUAUAUUGCUACUAAUGCAUCAAUGUGUUUUUAUGUUAUUUCAUUUUUUAUGCUUUGCAAAAUUUGGUAACAACGAAUGUUAGUAUUUGUGCAUUUCAGUAUUUAGCUUAUUAUUUUUUUGUACUGAUAUUAAUGCUUUUUACCUAACAAAUAAGCAAAUUAUAUUAUUCAUUCAAUCUAUAUACCUCAUUUUUAAAGGGCAGUUAAAGCAAAACUAGACUGCAGAGAUUUAUUGCACACUUCAUGUAAAAUGUGAUUUAAAAAACAUUUCACACACACAUUUAUACACCUGUCCCAACUGCAGAGUUUACUGUGUGACGGUGUACUUCAACUACUUCACCUUUAAAAUGCUUUAAAUGACUUCAAACUGU